UUUUUUCUUUCUUUUCUUUUUUUUGGAGGGAGCGGAACUAAAAGUGGGAUCAUGACGGGGAAGGAGGGAGCAGUGCUUUCAGACUCGGAGAAUAAACAGAAAUCAGCUUCACAGACUUGCGUGAGCCACGGGGGAGCCCACCAACAGCCGCCUGCAACCUGGAAGAUGGCUCCCACUGCACAGCGGCGCACCGGCUUUGGGAUCCAGGAGCUGCUCGGCCUAAACAUGGAGCCGCCGGCGGCACCGAGGCGGCCGCUGGAAGCUCUGCCGCACAGGGCGCACAUUCUGGCCGCCAGGUCAGCCCUGGGACAUGGAGGCCUCGGGGUCGGCGUAAGUUUACUGCGACCGGAGGGAAUACACUCGUUUUACAGCCAGCCUGCUUUUCUGGAGGUGCUGUCAGAGGCGCAAAAUGUGCACCUGCAGCCUCUGCACAGGACAACGCGCGUGGACUCGGAAAUGGACGCGCAGCACUCCACCAGCUCCGAUUCUGAUGACAUGAGCUCCUCCGGCGAUCAGAAAUUCUCCAAAUCAUCUAUGGGUCAGAGCAAGAAACGAAAGAAAAGACGACACAGAACAAUUUUCACAUCCUAUCAGCUGGAGGAGCUGGAGAAAGCUUUUAAUGAGGCUCACUAUCCAGACGUCUAUGCCAGAGAAAUGCUCUCCAUGAAGACUGAGCUACCGGAGGACAGAAUACAGGUGUGGUUUCAAAACCGUCGGGCCAAAUGGAGAAAAAGGGAGAAGUGCUGGGGGCGCAGCAGUGUGAUGGCAGAGUACGGCCUGUACGGAGCCAUGGUCCGCCAUUCCAUCCCGCUGCCCGAGUCCAUCCUCAAGUCAGCCAAGGAGGGCAGCACAGACUCUUAUGCGCCGUGGUUACUGGGUAUGCACAAGAAGUCUCUUGAAAAUAUCCACACGUCUCCAGGAAAAGCCCACGGCCUGACACCGCCACCAGCUUCACCGGCACAGGAGAAAUCGGGGGAUAAAGUGAUAGAGGAGGAUAAGCCGAAGCAGAAUAAAGACACCGGUUCACCGAUUUCUAAAGAGGAACUGAGGGAGAACAGUAUUGCUGCGCUGCGAGCGAAGGCGCUGGAGCACAGCGCUAAGAUGCUCGGGACAGUUUCUGACAGAACAAACAUUCACAUAACUCGUAAAGAGGAGGCCGAGGAGGAGUUGACGGAGAAGGAAACGGCGAAAGUGAGGAGCAACUGAAAGAGGCUACGGGAUGCGCUCUGCAGAGUGGCAGUUCUAAUGUUUAGAGGCGGCAGUCUUGUUGUGUUGGUUAAACUGAAUCUUGAUGCACGCGGAGUCACUUUGUGUUAUCAUACAUUCCCUUAGGUUUAUGUCUGAAAUCAAGUCUUUAGCUCUGCUGACUGAUUGAGCUUCAAUAACUCAAAUGUUGUAAUGUUUGUACAGCUAACCAAAAAUGCACAACACAUUUGUGCAUGUCUUCUCCUGCAGCUGAUGAGGAAGGGAAGGGAGGAGCACAGAAAUGUUUUCUUGCAAUUAUCAAAGAUAUUCCGGAUAAAAAAACAUAUUUAUUUGAAUUCAUAAUGGCAGGUGGCAAAUUAAAAGUAAAAACCUGAC